AGGGUAUUGAAUAACGAAAAACAAGACAUUUUAUUCUUUUUUUCUUUUCUUAAUAUAUAACAAAUGAUUGAUAAUAGAAGAGAAUCCGUUGAUCCUACUGCCCCAGCUGCUACUUACUAUACUUCUGGCAGAAAUGGACCUAGACAUAGAACAAGAACUUACACAAGAGGUGGUACAUCAAGUUUCAAUUUUGGUGACUCAAGAGAUCCUUCCAACUCUGGCAUUCAACGAAGAGCAUCUUAUGAGGAUAAAGGAAAAAACCGUCGUUUCUUGAUUGAAGUCGAUUCAACACUUGCACAAAUUUUGGAACAAGAAGACACGGAUGGUGAUUUUCAAAUUACUAUUAAUGAUCUUGGCCCCAAAACGCUUUCUCUUGGUACAGCUGAUUCUGGUGGAUACAAACGCUUCCAUAUCAGAGGUAACUAUAUGUUAUCCAACUUGCUUCAAGAACUCGCAUUGGCUAAAGACUAUGGCCGUAAAUACAUUGUAUUGGAUGAAGACCGCUUAAAUGAAAACCCAGUGGACCGACUAUCCAAAAUGAUUCGCCAUCUAUUUUGGGACAGUCUCACUCGACGCAUUGAUGGCGAGGGUCUGGAAUUCAUUUGCUCUGAUCCCAAAAACCGACAACUGGAUAUCACCAAUCGCAUUUAUAUUCCUUAUAAUGAAACUGAGAUUUAUGAUUACUAUAAGCGUGUCUCAGAGGAAAAGAAACAUAUUAAUUUAGAUGUGCAGUACUUGCCCAAGGAGAUUACACCUGAAUAUGUCAAGAGUAUCAAUGACAAGCCUGGUAUUUUGGCACUUGCGAUGCAUAAGGUUCAGGAUAAAGAUGGCAAGGUUGAUUUUCGUGGUGUUCCCUUUGCUGUACCUGGCGGUCGAUUCAAUGAGAUGUAUGGUUGGGAUUCGUAUUUUGAAUCAUUGGGUUUGUUGGCUGAUGGCCGAAUUGAAUUGGCGAAAAGCAUGGCAGAAAAUUUUGCAUAUGAGAUCAAGCACUAUGGAAAAAUUCUGAAUGCCAAUCGCUCUUAUUACUUGUCUCGCUCACAACCUCCCUUUUUAACAGAUCUUGCUAUUCGAGUAUACGAAGCUAUGGAUCCUGCUACAGAAAAAGAAAACAAGGCUUGGUUAAGAGAAAUUUUAAAAUCCGCUAUCAAAGAAUAUCAUACUGUUUGGAUGGCUGAACCUCGUCUAGAUAAAAAAACCAUGCUCUCUCGCUACCGCCCUGAAGGACUUGGUAUUCCUCCUGAGACAGAAGCCUCUCAUUUCGAUCAUGUCGUUUUAAAAUAUGCUAAAAAAUACAACGUCUCGAUUCCCGAAUUCAAUACCUUGUACAACAAUGGCGACGUCAAAGAACCCGAAUUGGAUGAAUAUUUUUUGCAUGAUCGCGCUGUGCGAGAAUCCGGCCAUGAUACAACCUAUCGCUUUGAUGGUAUCUGUGCUAACUUGGCUACGGUUGACUUGAAUGCUCUCUUGUAUAAGUACGAAACCGACCUUGCUGAUUGUAUCCGAGAUAUUUUGGAUGACGACUUGGAAGACUUUGACGGUAACAAGCAAACAUCAGAAGUAUGGUCUGACCGAGCUACUGCACGAAGAGAGCGUAUUGACAAGUACUUGUGGAACGAAAAAGAACAUCUUUACUAUGACUAUGAUACUGUCAAAGAAGAAAUGACGACGUACGAAAGCGCUACUGCUUACUGGAUGAUGUGGGCAGGCUGUGCAUCUCAAGAUCAAGCUCAAAAACUGGCCAUGAGUCUCUACAAGUUUGAAGUCAAAGGUGGUAUUGUGUCUGGUACUGAGCGAUCGCGAGGCCAAAUUAGUCUAGACCGUCCUAAUCGUCAAUGGGAUUUCCCCUUUGGUUGGGCUCCUCAUCAAAUCAUGACAUGGGCUGCUUUUGAGAAUUAUGGCAUGGAUGAUAUUGCCGCUCGUUUGGCGUACCGUUUCCUUUACACCAUCACCAAGUCGUUUGUGGACUUUAAUGGUGUGGUGCCCGAGAAAUUUGAUGUGGUUAACUUGUCGCAUCAAGUUCAAGUGGAAUAUGGUAACGUAGGUGUUGAUUUCAAGUUUGUGUCUCGUGAAGGAUUUGGGUGGAUGAACGCUUCCUUUGAAGUGGGUUUGACGUAUCUUAGCACACAAUUAAGAAGAGCACUAGGCACUUUGACAGAUCCAGACUUCUUGUUCAAGAAGAUGAUUGAAGCUGAAGAAGAAAAGUUGUCUGAAGCUGAAAAAUUGGAAGCCUUGUCUCGUCGUCGCGUAUCCACUAUUGCUGCUAGAGAAAUCUUGCGCGAAGAAGCUGAUGCUGUGGUGACUCAUAUCAAGCCAAGCGACAUCAAUCGACAAUCCAUCAGUGCUCCUAAAUCACCUGAAGUCUUGGAAAACUACUUUACCAACGAUGAACCAAAAGAAAACGAUUCUAAACUUCAGCCUGUUCAAGAAGCCAAAUACGGCGAUUAUCUUACUGCUCCUACUUCCAAUCACUAAAUCUCUUGUACACCAUUUCCAGGAAUAGAUUGCAUAAAGAAACAUUUAUAUUGCACCAGUAAACAAUAAAAAUAGCAUAUUUAAAAUUA